AUGCGCUACCUGGGCAUCGUUCUUGAUGGCAGAUGGAACUUCGGCGCCCACUUCGCGGAAUUAGCGCCGCGCGUGACGACGGCGGCCGGAGCGCUGACUCGGCUCAUGCCGAAUCUGGGAGGUCCAGAAGCGUCCUGCAGACGCUUGUACAUGGGGGUCGUGCGAUCGAUAGCCCUUUACGGGGCCCCCCGACGAGAGCCGCAAGGGGAUAUCGCACGAUCUCCUUUGUCUGUGCUGGCCGGUUCCAUUCCCUGGGACCUAGAGGCGAAAACCCUCGCGUCGCUGUUCUUCUGGCGCGAGGAGGCCGUGGCCCAGGGUCACCGGUUGGCACCGAGGGAGAUCGCAGGAGGCCGCAAUGAGCUGUGUCAGCGCUCCAUCGAAGAGUGGUCCCAAAGGCUGGAGCAGCCGACUGCUGGGAGUAGAACCGUCGAGGCGGUCCGUCCGGUGUUGGGACAGUGGUUGGCGAGGCAGCACGGUAGCCUGACUUACCGUCUGACCCAGAUGCUCUCCGGACAUGGUUGUUUCGGAGGGUAUCUGUGUCUGAUCGGUCGGGAGCCGUCUGCUAUCUGCCACCACUGUGACGGAUGUGCUGACGAGGACGCCCAGCACACCUUGGAGGUUUGCCCAGCCUGGGACCAAGGCUUCGCGCGGUCGUGGGGGACGACCUUUCUCUGCCGGCUGUCGUGA